AUGCCACAAGAAAAUUCAACAGAUCAUCAAGGUAUAACAAAGAUGUUGUUGGAGAUGAUGAAGAGCUCUUUACUUUCUCAUCAUGAUUUGGAUGAAUUAAUGUACAAGUUUAGUAGUGGUAACGUUCAUCAGCUCGUAUCGGAGCAUAAGGAUAUUGUAGAUGAAUUCGUAGAAGUUUGGUCCUUUUCAAACGAAAAUGUAUAUAUUCACUUUAUCAUUUGGGUGAUAUCUGUUCAUUCGUUUCUGAUUCAUGGGUCUCCGCUUGAGAUCCAUGCAAGUAUUCUCAAAGUUUUAAUUAAGACUCACUCUAAAGAUUUGGAUGGGUUGAGGCACAACGUAAAAUUACUUUUCAACAGUCCUACUUCUUCUUGCCAGAUGAUGGAAUACUGCAACAAUUUGUACAGUCAUGAGAAGGCUCCUUCAUGGUUUUUAAUCUUAAACGGUAGUAGUGAACUGCAAGCCAAAAUGCAUGAGGCAUUUGGGCAACUAUAUGACUUUUCCGUUCAUCACCUUAGAAACGAUCGUGACAUCCAACAACUAAUUCACGUUUCACUACGAUUGUGCCAGUACUUGACCGCACAGGAAUUUUUAGAGGAAUAUGUUAGAACUAUUAGUCCUCAUCAAGUCAUUGAUCUGGCAUAUUGCCAACUAUGGUACUCUAGUAUCAUUUAUGAAAGCUUUAGAAACAAUGGUAUUGAUGUCUCUAGACCUGCGUUUCACGAGAUGGAGUUCUUCGUUACAAAUGUGCUGUCUAUUGAGGACGGGCUUCUCAAGUUACUUCAACCCAGAUAUAAGAUUGUAAAUGUUCCCCAGAAUCUAUGGCAUUUAUUUGAAGACUCGAUGGUUCCACAUCGUUUUGUCAUCAGCGAGAAAUCUAUUCCAAAGAGUUCAAUAGAGAAAAUGGUUGAACAUCUUCACCAAAGCGCAUCUCUUUUUUUGAAAUCAGGACAUUUGACCUUAUCACAUCAAAUUUAUCAGAGGUUGAUUGAAUACUACAGUCAAUUACCAAACUCGGAAAAUGUUCUUCAAAUACUCCAAUCAGAAGUUUCACUUCUUAACUCAAAAAAAACAUUAGGAACUGAGUGUUUAUUUAAAUAUUGCAGAUACUAUUUAGUGUCAGUUUUAAACAAAAGCGAGAACAAAGCCAUACCAAUGAGUGAAGAGUAUAUUUACAGAGUGUAUCCUUUUGAGAAUAUUGAAAUAUUUAUUGAAAAGAGAAUUCUCAAAGACUUUCCCUUGCAUCAAGUAAUUACAGCCAAAAACAUUCAGUAUUCUGCCAAUACUGUUAGAAUUCUACCAGCUCUGGAAGACAGAUCAAACACCUUUGUUGUUUACGACUACCUGCAAGAACAUGAUAUCGUUUUUCCAGAGGACGACAAAAUAUUCGGUGUGUCAAAGAAAUUGUGUUUUGUCGGUAAUAUCUCAUUAUUUACCAGACAUGAACAACCUUCAUUCUUUAUUGACAGAGCAAAAGUUAUAAGAUCUACAUUUGUAUUUGAUGAAGCAAACCAGAUGGAUGCAAAUUGCAUCUACUUGGGGUAUAUCCAAAACAUGAUCAAAAAUUCCUGCCAAGCACUUGCACAAAAUAUAGUUAAUGGAGUAUCUCUUAGCACAUGUACAGUUUGCAAAGAGCUAUUUGAGCUUGUUGGAUGCUUGCUGUACGACAUUUUGGAGGGAUCUACUUUGCUACAUGUUUUGGGAAUUCAGCAAUGCAAGCAUUUAAUAUACAAUUAUAGAGCUAUUUACAAAGACGAGUUAGCAUCUCGAAAAAGGGAAAUACGGAGAAAGUGGAUGAAAGAAUCUAAAAUAGCUCAAGAAUCUAAACAAGAAAUACCUCCCGAGCCAAGUCUUUCAAAUUUACUUGAACACAAUGCGGAAUACCUCAAGCUUAGAUCUCGUUACUCUAGCUUCCUGGAGAUGUUGAACCAUGCGUUUAUAUUUUUUAAGGAGGCAGCCGAGUCUGUGUACCACAAGCACGAAGACAUGUUCUUACAACUGCAAAAAUUGCAAUUGGCACGAUUACAAACCAUUAACCUGUUGAGCGAGCUUUCAAUAACAGACGAUCAAACCUGA